AGGAAGUGCAACAAACAGAGCCGAAUUGUUUAAUAAAGUCAGUAGAAAUGACGGCACUGUUAUCUUAUCUUUGUGCGAAAUCAAAAUGUAUAUAUGCAACAUACAUCUAACCAAAUUGCGCACAGAUCUUCUUGCAUCGUUUUGGCGUGAGAAUCGAGCGGAGAAGCAAAGUACAACCAACUUAUGCCACAUCAUACUUGCAAAGCAUAUUUAUACCCUUACUAAGUAAAGUAUCACACAUCAGCUACAAACUCCAAACAAUAUGUUGCACUUCAAUUGUUGCUCCGUGGCCGUUCUAUUCGCCACCGCUCAGUUUGUUUGUGCGCAGACUGAGGUGGAGCUUCUCUCUGAUCCCAGUUUUGAAAACGAGGAUUCCUCAUGGGAAUCCGUAGGUAAUGGCUACUCACGUACUACCAAUGAGCAAUCCAUUGGCGAGUAUAGUGCACAACUGGAGGGACCGGCAGUGGACUGGUCUGGCGUGAAACAGGUAGUGCAAAUGGACGGCGACACACGAGCGUUGACAAUUUCGGGCAGGGGCAUGGUCAAUGACGAACUUGAAGAGGAGAUCAACUCCAACGAAGACUUUGCGCUGUGGGUGCAGCUUGAAUAUGAGGAUAAUAGCUACGACCCAUACGAUUACACUUUGGUGGCCUCGGAGAUUGAGUCGUGGUCGUGGAAGUCCUUUGUACCCGUAACUAUUGAGCCACCCCGUCCCAUCAAAACGCUGACCUUACAAUGCGGUAUCCGCAAAGUGUCUGGAGGCGUCGCCUGGUGCGAUGAGCUCAGUGUUAAAGCCAAAACUCCAGUCGCAGAAGAUACUGCACCCGUUGUCCCUCCGACAGUGGAGGAUUGUCGUUGCAACCGCUGGGGCUCCUGGGACGCAUGCACAGUCAGCUGCGGCGGUGGUGUGAUGUCGCGUGAACGUGAAUGUCUGGACUCUCUCAGCGAUGAUAAUGACGAGUCGGGACUCUGUCAGACCAUAGAGACAGUGAGCUGUAAUGCAGAACCCUGUUCCGCAGAGGAUGAUAACUGCUAUUGCUCCGACUGGGAGGCCAUGGCAGAGUGCACAGCUUCGUGUGGGGGGGGCAUGCAAGCACAGGAGCGCGUGUGCCACGCCGAUGCCGCACUGCAGGAGUUGAAUGCUGCCUGUUUGGUCAUGCGCCAGAACCCCUGCAAUCCACAGGAAUGCCCCGUCGCAGAAGAGACUUGCGAGUGCCAGGUAUGGAGCGAGUUUACUGUGUGCGAGGCCACGCAGGGUGAGUGUGGGAUGGGAUCCAUCACACGUGAGCGAGCAUGCGCUAAUCAGUUUAUCCACAACGGUACAACACCAUGUGCUAUUGUGGAGGAGCUCGCUUGUCAGAUACCAUGUAAAGCCAGCGAGGACGAUGGCGCUACUGAGGUCGAAAACACUGCCACUGCUGUCGAGAACACUGACAAGGCCGAAGGACCAAAGAAGGCAGUGAUACCAGAUUCGUUUGUGAGCGUUGACGCAGCAAGCGCCGGAUCGGAGCCACAGACUUCCUCAACUGAAAACGGAAACAAGGGUUCUAACGCCGGUGUGAUUGCUGGCGUUGUUGUUGGACUGCUACUUCUGUUUGCCGUGUCGGGUGGUGGGUACGCAUACUACCGCUACAAACAGGCCAGGGAUCGAAAAGACGCCGACAAUAUGCCGCAUUCGUCCUCGUAUAGCACCAGCCAGGCUAACACCACAAUGGCCGACAAUGUAUCCGUCUCGAGUGCUCCACUGAACCAGCGCGUGAGUGAGUGGCGUUCACGUCUUGCGAGACAGCCUGCCGCCCCAGCUAUAUUAUCCGCUGACGCUGAUAAGAAGUCCAACGGCCCUAACCGUCCACCUCGAUACGAGUCUGCUGUUACUGUGUAAUAGGUAGAUAGAUCGUACAUAGAUCCCAGCUUAAAUUGUUGUUUGGUAUCACUUCUAGAUUUUAACUAUAGUCAUUUGCAUGAUUGACCGGUUCUACGGCAGCUUGAAGUCUCGUUGAUGAGAUUAGAGAGGUAUACUCAUAAGGAUUGACAAAUUGAUAUUCCAGAAUCGACAUAUUGUAUACUCUAACAAAGCCGACUUUCAGAUUUGGUUGACUGCGAAGCUCUACCGCGUGUUUGUUUUAGAACGUUGCCUAGUGCUACGUCAGAACUCGAAUAAAUUAUUAACCCCCUUUGGGAUUAUUCUAACUCGUC